AGAGAAAACACCCAGAGAUUGCUCCAUUAUUCAGCGGCCUAUCCAAGGUCAAUCGUCCCCCCAUGUCCACCUGAACUAACUCCGUUUCUUACGCCGCGAAGACCAGGCCACAUCAUGAAAUGAUCGGCACAGCGUAUGUACUGUAUUUUUGGAAGCGAGCCGCCUGGGUAUCUCGGAUGUUCAACAACCAUGUCUCUGAUCCACUAUCCACUACCAAACGCAGGCGCUUUCUGCCCAAAAGACUCCGUCUCAUCCAACCACCCAUCGACUGACCGCCCUGUCAGUCCCAUUUGGGUAGAUCCGGAAUGACCUCACCCUGCUAUGUUUUGUAUGCAAGCGCCCGUAUUCCCAGCUUGGGCCUGCAUGGCCAUGGAGACGCUUCCAAGUUUGGAUCAUGAUUGAUUUGCGCGUACGACUUACGUGGAGAACCAUCUUCAGCUGAAAUUGUAACCUGACAGCCGAUCUUGAGAUUUGUAUAAAGAUUGAGGCUACACCAGCUCGUUACACAUUCCUUUCCUCAGCAACAAUUCACUUUCGUUUCAUACAAACAAACCUUUUCAUUCGCUUUACAACAUUCGUUGAAACAAAGGAAAGAUGAGAAGCUUCUUUCUACUCAGCGCCGUUGCCAUUAGCGCGGCCAACGCUGGUGUUUUAGACUUUCGUCGUCAGCCAAGGGGAGACUACAAUCUACCUCCUUCGGCUGUCUAUGAAACCCAGGUCGUCUCUACUGAUCUCUAUCCUCCUCCCGCUCAGUCUGCCAACACUGAGCCUGCUGAGCAAGAGACUUCUCCGUAUGCUCCUCCUCCUGUUCCCACUGUCGCUACUUCCGAGCACCAAGAUACUACCGACUACGCACCUCCCGAGUCUGCAGCUACCGAGAGUGCCAGCAAGCCUGUUGAAGACACUUCUGCUGCCGAGACUCCUACCAACGCUUAUCCUCCUCCCGCCAACACCCAGCCUGGACAAGAUACCACUGAUGUUUCAACACCAACUGGAGCCUAUCCUCCUCCUGUGAACACUCAAAAGACAGAGACUGAGCAAAAGUCUUCUGCCGUUGUCACAACUGAAGAGUCCACCCCCACCGGUGCUUACCCUCCUCCCGAGAACACUCCAUCCGAGUCUGAGCACGAGUCUACUGCUGUCGAGACUACUGCUGAGGGUAAAACCUCAACUGACCUGUACCCUCCUCCCGCCAACACAGAGACUACCAAGCCCGGCAAAGACACCACUGAGGCUCUUACACCCACUUCCGAGUACACUCCUCCCGAGAGUACCGAUGUGACCCAACAGGGAUCUACCGAUGUUGGCAGCUCCACUGACGCGUAUCCCCCACCCGAGGGUACCCCCACAACCCAGCCCGGUAACGAGGGUACCACGGCUGUUUCCGAGACCACCAAGCCUGCCGUCGGCACCUCAACUGGUGUCUAUCCUCCUCCCAAGGCUACUGAGACUACCGAUACUGGUGUUGAGACCGAAACUGGUAGUGCCUCUACUACACAGUGGACUACCUCGACUGUCUACACUACCAAUGUAUACACUGUCACUUCUUGCCCUCCUGAGGUUCCCAACUGCCCUGGUGGCCAGCAUGUCACUACCAAGACCAUCGCUGUGUCUACUACUGUCUGCCCCGUCACUGAGACCAAGCCUGUGACUGAGCAUGGCGAGACUGGCACUCCCACCUAUCCUGUCCCUGUCUCUACCGAGACUGAGCACCAAGGUACCGAGACUGCUACUGUCUCUAAGCCUGGUGAGACCGAGACUAAGACUGAGUCGGUUCCCGAGGAGACUGAGACUUCUCCUUCUACUGGUGCUUACCCUCCUCCCAAGGCUACCACUGGCACUACCGAGGGAGCUGAGACAGAGACUGUUCCUGCAGAGACCGAAACUGCUCCUGCUGAGACUGAGACUACCAAGCCUGCUGUCGGUACAUCCACUGGUGUCUAUCCCCCUCCCAAGGCCACUGAGACUACCGAGACCGGUGUUGAGACUGAGACUGAGUCCCUUCCUGCUGAGUCUACCAAGCCUGCUGCUGGAACUUCAACCGGUGCUUAUCCUCCUCCCAAGGUUACCACCGAGACUGCCACUGCCAAGACCGAGACUGUUCCCACCGAGACUCAGCCCAACACUGAGCAGACCAGCCAGUGGACUACCUCAACUGUCUACACAACCAACAUCCGCACCAUCACGUCUUGCCCUCCUGAGAUCCCCGAUUGCCCUAACGGCAAGCAUGUCACAACUGAGACAAUUGCUAUCUCUACUACCGUCUGCCCUGUGACCGAAGCGGGAUCUACCAAGCCUGCCACUGUCACCAAGGAGUCACCCACUUACCCCGUUCCUACCCAGGCUACUGAGACCGAGGGCCAGUCUACUGCCCCUACCACUGAGACUGAGGAGCAGCCUACUAAGCCAGUGACUCACCAUGAGGGAUCUACCAAGCCCGCAACUGAGGAGCAACCUACCAAGCCUGCCACCGAGACUGAGACUAAGCCUGCUACCACUGGUGGCGAGGAGCACCCUACCGAGACCAAGCCUGUCACUGAGACGAAGCCCGCUACUGAGACUAAGCCCACUUACCCAGUUCCCACUGAGUCCAAGCCUGCUAGCACCACCGAGUGGACCACCUCGACUGUCUACACAACCAACAUCCGUACCGUGACCUCUUGUGCUCCCGAUGUUCCCGACUGCCCCAACACUCCUCACGUCACAACCGAGACCGUCGCCAUCUCCACCACCGUCUGCCCCGUCACCGAAGAGCACCCCACCGAGACGAAGCCUGCUCCCACCAAGCCCGCGACCGUCACUGAGGAACAGCCCACCAAGCCUGCCACUGAGACCAAGCCUGCCACCGAGACGAAGCCUGCUACUGAGGGACACUCCACCAAGCCCGCUACCCAGGAGCAUCCUACCAAGCCUGUGACUGGUGGCCAGUCUGAAGCUGGAUCUACUCAGCCUGCCUCUACUACUGAGUGGACCACUUCAACUGUCUACACGACUACCAUCCGAACUGUUACCUCGUGUGCACCUGAGUUCCCUAACUGCGAGAAGCCUACACCUCAUGUCACUACUGAGACUGUUGCUAUCUCUACCACUGUUUGCCCUGUUACUGAGCAGCAUCAGACUGAGCCCAAGCCAACUCAGCCCAAGCCCACGGAACCCAAGCCUACUGAGCCAGCCAAGACCACCGCCUGGUCUACCUCGACUGUUUACACUACCAGUGUUCGAACUGUGACUACCUGCGGCCCUGAGCACCCUAACUGCGAGACACCUACUCCUCAUGUUACCACCGAGACUAUCGCCAUCUCUACCACCGUCUGCCCAGUUACCGAGGAACAGUCUUCUCCUACCAAGCCCAGCACUCCUGGCCAACCCUCUCAGCCAUCCAACCCUGAGCAACCCAGCAAGCCUGCCGGUGGCAACCACCAGACCUACCCCGCUGGACCCGUCCCAACUCAGCACAUCGUCACAACUGGCUGGUCUACCUCUACCGUCUACACGACCAACAUCCGAACUGUCACUGCUUGCGCUCCCCACGUUGCCAACUGCCCUGGUACUCCCCACGUCACCACCGAGACCAUCGCUCUCUCAACCACUCUCUGCCCCGUUACCAAGACUCAGGUUAUUCCUGGUCCUGGUGCUACUUACUACCCUCCUGGACCUAACCGACCUGGCAACACGACAUCCACUCUUUACACCACCAAGUACUUCACCGUCACCGCCUGCCCUCCCGCGGUCACCGACUGCCCCAUCGGCGCCGUCACUUCCACCGUCUACGCCACAGCCACCACCCAGAUCCAGCAGUGGAACCCCUCCAACUCUCAUGUCUACCCCUCUCCCACCAAGGGUUAUCCUCCUACCAUCCCUACCCACCUGGCUCCUGGCAACCAGACGGUCACCACCUUCAUCCGAUCUACCACCAAGCUCUACGAGACUCCUAUCUCGACCCCCAAGGCAGCUGAGAUCACCACCACUUCUAAGGCUGGUUACGAGAAGCCUCCUUAUCCUGUUUACUUUUAAGAUUUCC